AUGUUUACAAGUAAUUACAUAGUUUACCUGGCAUCUUUUCUGUGGAUUACAGCGUCCUGCAGCCUCAGGAAUACCUCUGCGAGGAAAUAUGAUGAGUUCUUCUCGACGGGAAGCACUUGCCGUGCGAGAUGCGCAUCGAGAUGUCUCAGCCUCCACAUUACACAUAUAUCUACACUUUCCAAGCAUUCUCAGAAUAAUGGAUCCCUGGUGUGGUGUCAAAAUCAUAAGCAUUGCUCUAAGUGUCUUGAGCCUUGCAAGUCAUCCUGGGACCUGAAGGAACACCAGUGCAUGAGCUUGUGUAAGUCCCUGUUCCCCAAGAAGCAUUAUGAGUGUGUGACAAGCUGUGAGUUCCGGAGGUCGGUCGAGGCGAUGAAACAGGGAGAGUGCCCCACCCCAAGGAAGGCCAGUGGGUUUGCGGCGGCAUGCGUGGAGAGUUGUGAUGCUGAUGGAGAGUGCUCAUCUGUCAGGAAAUGCUGCUCCAAUGGAUGUGGACACACCUGCCAACUGCCCAAGAAUCUCUACAAAGGAGUUCCUUUCAAACCCAGAAAGGAGCUGAGCUUUACUGAGCUCCAAUCCGGCCAUCUGGAGAUCCGCUGGUCCUCCAAGUUCAACAUUUCAGCAGAGCCUGUUCUAUAUGUGGUGCAGCAGAGGUGGAAUUAUGGCCUCCAGCCCAGUGAAGACCAUGCCACAGACUGGCAGACUGUGGCACAGACUACAGAGGAGCGUGUUCAGUUGGCAGACAUCCGGGCCAAUAGGUGUCACCAGUUUUGUGUGGCUGCUGUUAAUGUUCAUGGGACCAGAGGCUUCACAGCCCCUAGCAAGCAUUUCUGUUCUUCCAAAGAUCCCUCGGCGCCUGCCACUCCAUCUAGCCUAAGGGUUAGCAGCAUGACGGUCAGCACUGAGGGCCUUGUUUCUGUCCGUCUCAAAUGGAACCUUCCAGAAGACCCAGACAUUCCUGUGCACCAUUUCAAAGUUUUCUGGUCUAUGGUGUCAGCUAAGAAGAAGAGGCAGAAGAACACCAAAGGGGUCCUGAACUAUGUGGAUCUAGAAGGCCUCCAGGCAAACAGCUGCUACACAGUGAAGGCUCAGGCAGUAUCUUACUGGGGACAACAGCGUCUGAAGAGCGUAAAGGCUUCCCUGAAUUUCAGUACUACCUACCUCAGUGUCACAAGACAGACUGCAAGCUCUAACCCAGGGAACCGUGCCACAUGGCCGCUAGGGGUGGGAAACCCCUUCUACCAGGAUGACCAGCUGCAGGUCAGGCUCUACUGGAAAAAGAGAAGGGCUGCCAGCGAAUACCAUGUCCACUGGGGGCCUGAAUUCUGCAGUCACAAUGUUACUAGAGGACCAGAGAAAUCCAUCACCCAGGAAAACUACAUGACCCUCCCAGGCCUGCUGUUCUCCUGCAAGUACAAAGUCACAGUUCAUGUGACAAGGUCAAAGGGUGCCUCCAAAACAGAGAGUACAACAUUCCUCACCCCACCCUGCUCCGCACUCAGGGCUAAGAGCCGGAAGUACAUCCAAUGCCCUGAGGAAGAAGGAGUUGUGUUGAAAGUGUUGGCCAAGCCGGAAAAUCUGACUGCCUCAUUCUCAGUCCAUGAAGGAAACAUCACUGGCAGCUUCUUAUGGAGGGUGUUGACACCACACAGACACCCCCUCAUCACAGGCUUCCAGGUCACCUGGGCAGAGGUCACCACGCAUAAUCGACACAAAAGCCUACCCAACAGCAUAAUUUCCCAGUCGCAGAUUCUGGCACCAAACCAUAAUUAUCUUGUAGUGUCGAACAUGCAACCGGGAACUGGCUACAAGCUAGAGGUGCGGGCAGUAACAAUGGGAGGGGAGGGCCCUUCAGUUUCCAAAACCUUUCAGACACCCACCUUGUCAUCUGCUCCUUAACAGUUCCCCAGGUUCAGGCAACAGCAGAGCCACAAGAGGCCACAAGGAGAGAAGCUCUGACACUGCAGCUCAGUUCAUCCAAUGGGACCCGAACUAGCCUCACUGACCACCACACCAAAGAGGAGGAAUACAAACAUUAAACAUUAGUCUGCAUAUUUCAUCUAAAGGUUAUUAGAUAGGCUGGGCAUCUGGGCAUCAUGGCACAUGCAGUGUGCAGUCUAAGUUUAGGCCAACCGGACUCAGUAUUUCUCCAAAUUAAUUUCUCCCAAUGUAUAUAAUUAUUGUUAUUACAAAUGUCUAGUACAGUCUCAUGCAUUUCAAUGGAUCCCUUCAUAUGUAGAUUAAUAGCAACUGGUACUACAAGGAGCAUCCUCUCAUUUUUCUGCAAAGAGGAUUUUCAAUGAAGGGAAGCUUUAACAAAGACUAUCCUGGUGGACUACACGUAUGUCAUAAAUACAAAAUGCACUCAUACGACUGUCAUUUUAUUCGGUAAGGGAGCAAUAUUAGAUUCAACUAUUUAUUGUACUGAAUCUUGUGAAUUAAUUUGACUGAGGAAUACGAUUUUAUCAAAUCAUCUGUAGUCAAUUUUAAAGAUUUAAUUGGUUCUGCAUGACAUCUGUACAUAUUAUAUUAAAGGCAUAACAUAUAUGUAUCAAUAUGUUAGUCACAUUAGUAUCUUUUGCAAAUUGAAUUAACUUUAUGUGGGAAUUAAUAAUAAGAUACUGAGCCGUAAGACAAGUGUACUCAGAACUGAAGGAAUUAUAUACUGUAUGUACUUAAAUGACUGUAAAAUCAUUUGUAUUGGCAUAAUGUAUAUAUGUAUUUCUAUAUGUACAGUAUAUUACUAUGUGUUAUAAUUUUUGUCUGUGCAUAAAAGUGCAACUGUAGGUAUAUGUGUACAAGCACACAUGCAGGUGUGUUUGUAUGUGCAUAUGUGUGGGCACACCAUCUAUAAUAAUAGUAAUCCAGCCAUGUUUAUAAAUAUAUAGUAAUUGUAUAGACACAAUGUAAAAGUUGAAUUGUAAAUAGUAAUUGUCCUUUUCCAUCGCAAAAAGUGUACAUACUGUUAGUUAGUAAAAUGAUACUGAAGACUGUGUCUCUCCAUGCAUGUUUUAAUUAGUAAAGGUUAUAAUGUGUUUCGUUUGAUUAUGUUUUGGACACACCAGGCCAAAAGAUUUUCUGCCAUCUGUACCCUGAAAUGUGUGUUUCUUCCUUUUAAAUGUAAUUGACAGGGGAUGUGUUUUCCAUGCCUGACAAAUAUGGCAGACAAAGCACAUAUCAAAAGAAUCAUCAUUUUAAAGCAGAAAUUAAUGUUUGGUAAUGUUAUGGAGUUGCGGGAUGACUGAAACACCAUAUGGUUAUGAAAACAACAUUUUAUGUUGCUUGAACAAAAAUAUAUACAAAAUACAGUAUGCACAGUACUAUGCAAAAUUAUGCUAUGUCUUAGGCACAUGUAA